AACUGUAUAGUACCCUUAUUUUUGCACUUUCUGGGGGAAAGAAAAGCUGCUACUGUAGUAUGAUUUUAUAAGUUCUGUUAGAAAGAAGUGACUUGAUAAUUACAUUUGUAAGGGAGAAUGCCAUAACUGGUUUUUCCCACUGUUAUUUUUGGCUGAGUACACUUCCCUUUCCUUAUGUAAUGAAUAUAUUCCUGAAAAGUUUGACAUGUAUCAAGUUAUUUUAAAUGUUUUCAAAGUAUAUAUAAUCCUAUUAUGUUAAGACAUGGUAGUGAGUUCUUUUAUAAAUAAAUCCUAUACUUCGAACUGUAUAAAUAUGCAGUGAAUUAACUAAGUGUAUUAUGGGAAAAUGGAGUAAUGAGUUGUUUUUUUUUAAAGGUUAAUUACUAAAGGGUUCCUAUAGGUGAGUUUUAGACUGAAUUCUAAAGGAACAACAAAGGUAGGUGAGAGAAGUUAGUAGAGUUGGUGAGGACUUUGAGGAGGGUGUAAAAGUGAUCAAAUUGGUUUUUUAGUAUAAUAGUCCCUGUGCAGCAACAGUCACUUGCCUUUACCCUGGUUCCACAUGAAGACAUAAGGGUUUACUAGUUAGCACAGGACAGGGCAGGUCUCUUUCUGCCCUGUACUAGACUAGAAAUAAGCCAUGGGUCUUUCUUUAUAUAGUUCCCACCUAAUUUUGUGGACUCAGUAGCUUAUAUUGUAAGAAAUGGUAUUAAGAGGGUGGAACAUUUCUCUGCAUUUGAGGAUUCAGGGGCACUGGGAUAUGAGAAGCUUUAAGCAUUCAGUUAUACCCAUCUUUUUCUAGCUCUGACUUUCCUUUCAUUGAAGACGUGUGGUUGUUUUUUUUUUUUAGAGGGACUGUGCCUACCCUGUCCCUAGCCAACAGUGACAUGUGGCCCACAAGUGUACGUGUGGGGACAGCUUUGAUUGUCAUGUUGGAGAAUAUGGGAGGGCUUUCCCUCUCCUGGCCCCAUUUAUAAACUAGGGGUAGCUUCCAUUUGCUUUGUGUGCUGUUGAGUUUUCUCCUCUCUGUUUGGAGUUUUUUCCUCUCUGUUUUUCCUAAGCUAAGCUGUAAGCUAAUUCUGUACAAAAGAAAUACUAAUUAGUUGUUUUUAUAAAUUGCUUGCCAUUGAUGCCUGAUAAUAUGCAGUAAAAUAAGGAUUCUACAUACCAUUAUAUAUGUCAACUAUUACAAACUUUAAGGUUCUUUUGGAAUUAUAAUACUAAACUCAGUUCACUUUUGCUUAGCCUUCACAGUUGUUGAUCACAUAGCAUGGUCAUCCACUCACAGCUUUAAAAAAUACAGGGAGCAUCGGAGAGAAUGGGUUCAAUGUAUCUAUGCCUGCCUACUUCAAUCUGCAAGGGAGUGUCAGAAAGGCCCCGCAUUCGCCGAGCCGAGAUACCACUCGUCAACGAAUCAAAUUCAGUGAUGACAGAGUAUGCAAGAGUCACCUUCUCAACUGUUGCCCCCAUGAUGUCCUCUCUGGGACUAGAAUGGAUCUUGGAGAAUGUCUGAAAGUCCAUGACCUGGCUUUAAGAGCAGAUUAUGAAAUUGCAUCCAAAGAACAAGAUUUUUUCUUUGAACUUGAUGCUAUGGAUCAUCUGCAGUCAUUCAUUGCAGAUUGUGAUCGAAGAACAGAGGUGGCUAAGAAAAGAUUAGCAGAAACUCAAGAAGAGAUUAGUGCUGAAGUGGCAGCAAAGGCAGAACGUGUUCAUGAGUUAAAUGAAGAAAUUGGUAAAUUGUUGGCCAAGGUGGAACAACUAGGGGCUGAAGGGAAUGUGGAAGAAUCCCAGAAAGUAAUGGAUGAAGUAGAGAAAGCACGGGCAAAGAAAAGAGAAGCAGAGGAAGUUUAUCGGAAUUCAAUGCCAGCUUCCAGUUUCCAACAGCAGAAACUCCGAGUUUGUGAAGUCUGCUCUGCAUACUUAGGUCUUCAUGAUAAUGAUAGGCGCCUGGCUGAUCAUUUUGGGGGUAAACUGCACCUGGGAUUUAUUGAAAUAAGAGAGAAGCUUGAAGAAUUAAAGAGAGUUGUAGCUGAGAAGCAGGAGAAAAGAAACCAGGAACGCCUGAAGAGAAGAGAAGAAAGAGAGAGAGAAGAAAGGGAGAAGCUGAGGAGGUCUCGAUCACAUAGCAAGAAUCCCAAAAGAUCCAGGUCCAGAGAGCAUCGCAGACAUCGGUCUCGCUCCAUGUCACGGGAACGGAAGAGGAGAACUCGAUCCAAAUCUCGCGAGAAACGCCAUCGCCACAGAUCUCGCUCUAGCAGCCGAAGCCGAAGCCGCAGCCACCAGAGAAGUGGACACAGUUCUAGAGACAGGAGCAGAGAGCGAUCCAGGAGGAGAUCCUCAAAAGAAAGAUUCAGAGACCAAGACUUAGCAUCACGUGACAGAGACAGGAAUUCAAGAGACAGAUCACCUCGUGACAGAGAUCGAAAAGAUAAGAAGCGGUCCUAUGAGAGCGCUAAUGGCAGAUCAGAAGACAGGAGGAGCUCUGAAGAGCGCGAAGCAGGGGAGAUAUAAUUAGCUGUGUACAUGUCCUCAGUCCUUAAGCUUCCAAUGGCGUUACAUACUCUUGUUUAGUUUCCAGCUGUUCGGGGUGACACAGGGAGCAGUUCCAGACACCGAUCCAGCUAGGCUAGAUGCACAGUAUCUAAGUUGAUCUGAACUGAACUUGCUUUCCUUGAUGAAGCCUAAAACUACAUCCAUAGUUUCUGGUGAACCUAUAAUACAAUUCUGAACGUACCAUUUUAUAUAAGACGCCCAUGUCUUUAUUCUUCCUAGUAGGAGUGAUAGUGAACGAAUUGUUACUUGCGUUGGGAUUUUUUGAACAUUUGUAAAAUGCUGUGUUUGUUUCUAGUCCAAACAGCAGCAGCUUUGGGAAUUUUCCUUUUUAAUUCUUCUUCCUCUGACUUUUGUAUCCCCUAGCACCUCCACCCUCUACUGAUUAGAGAAGAGGGCAGGGAAGCAAUGUAACUUCUGUUCUAAGGUUCUGUUCCCAUUAUUAACUAGCUGAUUACAGUUCAGAGCAUUUAUACUGGAAUGUGUGCUGGAGAAAUUUAAAUACCGGGAGUUUUUUUGUUUGUUUAACGGUGCCUACUUAGAGUUGGAAGUUGAACAGCUAUUGCAUUAUAUACUUUGCUUUUUUUAUUGAAAAUUUGAAAUCAAACAAGUCUUGAUUUUUCUGUUAUAUUGAAUUGCUACGUUCAGGGUGUUUUGAAAAGGGGGGUGGGGGCAGGGACUUUUUCAUAAGCACUUGUUUUAUUUUGUGUGUGUGGAGUAUAAAGGCUACACCCUUAUUGUAAAAAAUAAUAAUAAUAAUAAAAUGGAAGAAACAAUCACCACCACCAUCAUUCAACUGUAACUUGUUUAGUAAAUUGUCACUAGAACUAUUGCUGUGGGCAUUUCUUCUAUUCUGUUAUAUCAUUAAUAGUGCCUUAUCGUGCAAGGCACCAAAGGAAAUAAAUACAUACUUGCGAAGAUUCCCAAUGAAAUGUUGUCCCACCGGGGUCCCUUGCUGACUAUAUUCCAGCUACUUCGGGGCUGUCUGUAACAACCGCUAUAGAGAAAGACUGGAGCUGCAGAAGAAACUGGGUUUUUCAUUUGUUUCUGUUUUGUAUUUCUUCUCAUUCAGCAAACUGAAAUAAAAACAUGGUAUAACCAACGUAAUGAAACUAA